AGCCUUUGUGUGUUGUGUCUAACUCUUAAGUCAGCAUUUUCUUAGUUCAUAUAACCUAAAACAACAAAAGAGAAAGAAAAAGAAAUGGAAAACGCUUCGACUGUGAGAUUCUCUAGCUGUCGGGGCGUCGCGUUUGAGAUUAAACCUCAUGCAAACCCUUUCGCCAUCAUUACAACUGAUCAAAACCUUAACGCAAACGCUGAACGCGAGGAAACGAGCCGCAGGUUUCGACUUCCAAAGGAUUUCAUCAGAAACGCCUCAAAAGCUUUCCCUUCAUCGUUGCAACAGUCUAUAAGCCUAGUCAGCAGCCAUUUCUGCGAUCUGGACUCCGACAACGACGAAGAAGAAGAUGAAGACGAUUUUUACUACUUAGAAGAAGGUGUGUUCAAAGAAGGAGACGAACAACGCAAUACUACAGACGAAAACGCAAUUCUUGAUUCUUCCUCAAGCAAACACAGCGAGAAACCGCAGCAACCGCCGGUUCCAAAGAAACGCGUUUCAAGACUAUCAAUCAUACUUCUUGAUCAAGGACUCUUCACCGUUUACAAACGUCUCUUCGUCACUUCAUUGUUUCUAAACGUCGUAGGUCUCGUUCUCGCAGCCACGGGACGUUUUACUUACACUAGAAACGGAGCAUCUCUGUUUUCAAUCGCCAAUAUUCUUGCCCUAACUCUCUGUAGAAGCGAAGCCUUCUUGAGACUCGUUUUCUACCUAACCGUAACCAUCCUCGGACGCUCCUUUGUCCCUCUCCGCAUUAAAAUCGCUGUCACGUCGCUCUUGCAAAGCCUAGGCGGUAUCCACAGCGGUUGCGGCGUUUCCUCAAUCGUUUGGCUUGUCUACUCAUUAGUUCUCACUCUUAAAGACAGGGACAACAAUUCAACAGCGAUCAUAGCGGUUGCGUUCGCGAUUCUUUCCCUCCUCUGCCUCACAUGCCUUGUUUGGGCGUUUAUAGUAUUAACGACUUCCUACGAUCCAGUUUCGAGAUCUUACACCGAUAAUCUCGCCUCGACGCUGAUCAAAAGGCAAGAGUUUUGGUUUACGUUAGCGAUCACAGUCGCUAUUGUGCUCCCUUGGUUGACUGUGAGACGCGUUCCGGUUGAUAUAUCAUCUCUCUCGGGCCACGCGUCGCUGAUCAAGUUCAGUGGAGGUGUGAAACCAGGGAUCUUGGGAAGGAUCAGUCCAUCCCCGUUGUCAGAAUGGCAUGCUUUUGGGAUCAUCUCUGACGGGAAGACAUCGCACAUGAUGUUAGCCGGUGCUGUCGGAGACUUCACCAAGUCAUUGGUCUCAAAACCUCCAACUCACUUAUGGGUCCGUACGGUUCACUUUGCCGGCUUACCCUAUCUAGUUAACUUGUAUGAUAAGUAUUACUUGUGGCCACUGGUUCGGGGAUUUGUGUAUUUUUAUCGUUUCUCAUGCAGCAGAGUAAGGCCGAGGAUUAAAUCUUAUCCUCAUCAAGACAGGAUCAUAGUUCACGAUACCGCGAUUCUAGGACGACCUAAUGUGUCGGAAAUGAGCGUUAAAGCUUCCAAGAAGUUUGGAGCUCAAGUUGUAAUUGUUACAAGCAACCCUGAAGGAAGUCGUGACGUUGUUAAUGCAUGCAAUGCUUCUGGUGUUCCAGCUUUUGGUCCCAUUUGGGAUUCUUAAUUACUAGUAUAUUUUUUACAUAAUGAUGUAAAAGAAAGAUUGCCAAGUGCCACAACAUAUAAACUUUAGGCACGUGUCUAUACCUAAGUUUAUUUUUUAUUU